ACAUCGCGCACAAACUAUGGAGAAGGCAAACAGUGAUUCAAGGUCGCUGGAGACCGAUGAUUUUCCGCGGGUGCGAAAUUUACUGCUACGGUCGAUGUGUGCCGUGUACCUGAUGGCAUUUGUUGGCUUUUAUUGUCAGGCUGAAGGUCUGUACGGGGACGCAGGCAUUCUUCCGGCGAGCCGGAUUCUAGCAAACGGAACAUUAAAGGAGCGCCUGAGCCUUCUCCAGCUCGGACCCUUCAUCGGAGUGGGCGAUGGGCACGAGGCAAUUGAUUUGUUGUGUCUGGUUGGUGCAACCGUCGCGUUUCUCGGCCUCAUCUCGCGCGUCCACUGUCGGUUGGUCAGCUUCAUCGUGAUGUGGUCGGUGUACUUUUCCCUGGUCCAGAUUUCACAGUCAUUCCGCCAGCAAGCCGAUCAUCUGCUGCUGGAGGCCGGAUUUCUCUGCAUACUGUUGGCUCCGAGCCGGCUUACUGACCGGCGGCUUCCGAUGGAAGAUAUCGCACUGCUGCUGCUGAAAUGGCUCGUGUUUCGGUUCAUGUUUGCCUCCGGCUCGGUGAAGCUAGCUAGUGGUUGUCCACUCUGGUGGUCGCUGGAUGGGUUGAAGCGCCACUACGAAACGAUGCCACUGCCCACGUCGUACAGCUGGUACACGUAUCAGCUGCCGGAUGCGUUUCAUCGCGCCAGCACAAUCUAUGUGUAUCUGAGCGAGCUGGUAGUGCCGUGGCUGUUCUUCGCUCCGAGCAAAGCGGUACGCCGGUUCGCCCUCUGGUGGCACGUGUUUCUCCAUCUGAACAUAAUCGGCUGUGGAAAUUACGGAUUUUUAUCGCCACUCGUUCUAACUCUACUGCUAACGCUGCUGGAUGACGAGGAUGAAAUGCUCGUUUGGCUACACGAACGCGUUUCCGAUGGGCCACGUCGACGUCCUACUGGAAAGGGACGCAAUCGAAUGGAAACGGUGGAUGUGGAUCGAUACGGCGGUCGGCUGGUAAAAGUGAUCGGUUUACUUAUGGUUGUUGGAUCGUGGCUAUGUUUCAGCGUUGGAACCUCGGACGAAGGUCAACUGACGUUUAAGCCAUCCUUCUCGCGAGAUCAGUAUCUGAACGUCAUGCAAACGAUGAUACGAGCAGCACCGUUGCUGGUGUUUGUUCUCAUGGUCAAAAAGUUCCUGAGACUCCUUUCUUCGCAGGACAGUGUGGGAAGCUUGGCCGAAGGAAUGCGACAAUUUUCCAAAAAUCUCGGACUACUAAUAUCCACAAUAGUCGCGUUCACGGUGUUCUUUAUGUCGAUUGUGCCGCAUUCACGGUUACUCCCGAGUACCGCCAUCACAUCGCCCGUGAUGACACGUGCCUACGGUGGUUUGCACAGUCUGCACGUGGUCAACCAGUACGGCCGUCACCUAACGAAGAUGCGCCCGAUGCGGCGGGAAAUCAUUCUCGAGUAUUCGGACGACAUUAACGGCACCUGGCAGGAGUACGGCUUCCAGUACAAACCGUGGACGAUCGAGCGUGCCUCAUCGCUACCGUACGGAUGGCUGUACUUCCCUCGGUUCGAUUUCAAGUUUUACGACGGUUCCGGUUCGAAGACCGAUGCACAAAAGUGGAUCUACCCGCUGAUUCAACGACUGCUCGAACAUCAGCGUCCCGUGCUCGAACUUCUCGACGGACGACACAUCCCGGCGCAGGCACCGAAGUACAUCCGCACCUCGUUGUAUCGGUUUUCGUACACAUCCUUCUCGGAGGGUGCAUUCUGGACGCGGGAAAGGCUGACCGACUAUUUCAACGUGUUCUCGCAGGACGAUACACAGCUACGGGAAAAGCUUAAGCAGAUGAACUUCCGGCAGACGGUUGAGGAACACUCCGGUGGAUCGUGGAACUGGCUGCUGCGCUGGGUACUGGAUGCGAUACGACGGUUUGUGAGUGCCAUCGAGGGUAGCUAUCUGUUGGUAGGACUGUUUGUAGCGGCCGGCAUGGUUAUCUACACCCAGCAGCAACAGCGGACAGCAGGCCACACGACUUAA